ACCCCCCUGUACACUGUGGACCACGGCGAGGCCGGACCCAUCCGCUGCAACCGCUGCAAGGCCUACAUGUGUCCCUACAUGCACUUUAUAGAUGGGGGGCGGCGUUACCAGUGUGGUUUCUGCAGUUGCGUCAAUGAAGUGCCAACGUUUUAUUUCCAGCAUCUGGAUCACGUUGGUCGCAGGGUGGACGCCUACCAGAGGCCGGAGCUGUCCCUGGGGUCCUAUGAGUUCAUCGCUACCCCAGAGUACUGCAAGGACAAGAAGCCCCCAAAUCCACCUGCGUUCAUCUUUAUGAUCGACGUGUCCUACUCCAACAUCAAGAGUGGCCUGGUCCGACUGCUGUGUAAUGGGCUGAAGGGGCUGCUGGAGAGACUUCCAAGGUGAGCUUAGGAUUCAUUCUCUACCUCUGAGAAUACUGGA